UACUUCCGGGUCCUGUGUUGACACCAGAAAGUGUUCGGGAAGGCAACGCUGAGACUUGAAGAUGCACAUCUAAAGGUUGACCAGUAUCUAUGUAUGUUACACACACGUUUGUUAACGUGCUUUGCUGUUCAUAUGCUGUCCAGUAAUAUCCAGGGACUCAAAAGCAGUUCAAAAUGCAUCCCACUAGCUGAGAUACUGAACUCGAGAGCAGUGGGGAUAUGAAUCAUCAAAGUCACAAAGAAGGGGAUGUUAUGUGCCCUACUUCUGCAAUGCCCCCUGGCUGGAUCAGAGAAGUGAGGCAGCGGAAAGCAGGCAAGACAGCGGGCAAACUGGAUGUAUACAUUACAAGUCCCGAAGGGCAGAGGUUCCGGUCCAGAGCAUCCCUGCGCACUUUUCUCCUAGAAAGUGGAAGGGAUAACUUAGACAUAAGCCUCUUUGAUUUUACCACAUCCAAAGAUGAUGUUGUCACCCCUUCACAAACACUCCCUCUCAAAGGAAAGCUGAGGCAUGGGAAGAAACAACCUGAAGACGGACAGCAGGAGGAAACAGAAAAUGAAACAGCAAUUCUAGAUCCACCUCCAAAUAAACCCAAAAGAGCCUUUUCCUCCCACAGAAGUGAAACUCAUAUUGAUGCUGAUGUUGAACGGAAGAAGACCUCGUGUGUAUUAGAAGUGAAAAUGAAUGGAGACAAAACUGCUGAGUCCAUAAAGGGUUGUUUACAAGCUUUGACCUCAGAAAAGGUGGAUGAUGUGAAAUUGCAGAAGUGCGCCCCCAGAGGAGGCCAGCUGAGAAAGAAGUUAAUGAGGCUAGCUCCUUCAAGUAAUCAUAAGGAUGAACAAGCACACUUGCAGCCUUCGGUUCCAAGUUUGAAUGUUGAACCUGCCACUGAGAGCGAGAAUGAAGGUGAGGAUGAGCGAGAUGAGAGACAGAUUCACAUCGAAGGUGACAACAAUCCUAAGUCUGACCUGGAGGCUGAUGGUGACAGUCAUCGGGAUGCUGAAGAAGGUGUGUUGUUGCCUGACACCACUGACGGGAGCUGUACACCAGUAAAAGAUUCCCAGAAUAAGUCCAAAAGCUUGGAAGGCAAGCGGAAAACAAGCCCUUAUUUCAGUGGGAAACCCAGCAGAGAUGGACUUAGCCCACCCAGGAGGAAGGCCUUCAAGAAGUGGACACCCCCUCGGUCUCCCUUCAACCUUGUACAGGAAACUCUUUUCCAUGAUCCCUGGAAGCUCCUUGUGGCCACAAUUUUUCUGAACAAAACAAGUGGCAAAAUGGCCAUUCCAGUGCUGUGGCAGUUCUUUGAGCGUUAUCCAUCUGCAGAGGUGACCCGGGAGGCCGACUGGAAGCCUGUGUCUGAGCUUCUAAAGCCACUUGGCCUGUAUGAGCUUAGGGCCAAAACACUCAUCCGCUUCUCAGAUGAGUAUCUAACUAAACAGUGGCGUUACCCUAUCGAGCUGCACGGUAUUGGAAAGUAUGGCAAUGACUCCUACAGGAUCUUCUGUGUGAAUGAGUGGAGACAGGUGACACCUGAUGAUCACAUGUUAAACAAGUACCAUGCCUGGCUGUGGGAGAACCAUGAGAAACUGGGACUCUGAAGAACCACAAACGGGAAAAUCUUUUAUACCAAACUAACAGCAGUUAUCUUAACAAUACUGCAAUACCAGCAUUAUGAUGGACUUGCAAUUUUAAAUCUGAAUUCCUUCAGGAUUAUGACGUAUCAUGCAGGUUCUUUAGGAACUUUUAAUCUAUGUUGAAUAAAAUGUUUUAAGCUGGUCAAAAGUUGAAA